AUGAAGGUGCUGGGUGCAGGAUCAACAGUGAUAAUGGCUGAGUGUACAAGCCUUCAGUUUGUCAGCCCUUUUGCUUUUGAGGCAAUGCAGAAAGUGGAUGUUGUUCGGUUGGCAUCUUUAAGUGAUCCAGAAUUGAGACUUCUUCUGCCCUGCUUGGUGCGAAUGGCACUUUGUGCUCCUGCUGACCAGAGCCAGAGCUGGGCUCAAGAUAAAAAACUCAUCCUUCGUCUUCUCUCUGGAGUGGAAGCUGUCAACUCUAUUGUUGCAUUGUUGUCAGUGGACUUUCAUGCUUUAGAACAGGAUGCCAGCAAAGAACAGCAGCUUAGGCAUAAACUUGGAGGAGGCAGUGGAGAGAGCAUCCUGGUAUCACAGCUUCAGCAUGGACUGACAUUAGAGUUUGAACACAGUGAUUCACCUCGUCGAUUGCGUCUUGUGCUUAGUGAGCUGUUGGCAAUUAUGAACAAGGUGUCUGAGUCCAGUGGAGAAUUUUUUUUUAAGUCAUCUGAGCUAUUUGAGAGUCCAGUCUAUUUGGAGGAAGCUGCAGAUGUACUUUGUAUUUUACAAGCAGAGCUCCCUUCUCUGCUUCCUAUAGUGGAUGUAGCUGAAGCUUUGCUACAUGUUAGAAAUGGUGCUUGGUUCUUAUGUCUGUUGGUGGCCAAUGUUCCUGAUAGUUUUAAUGAAGCCCCGAAUACACAGACACAUUGGGCUCCAUCUCCACAUCAGCUUCCUCCACAAUGCGGACCAACUGAGGAAGAAGCUGAGCAAUUACUGCAGUUGAUGACAAGCCGUCCUCCUGCUACACCGGCUGGGGUUCGCUUUGUUUCGCUUUCCUUUUGUAUGCUACUGGCCUUUUCUACACUUGUCAGUACACCUGAACAGGAGCAGCUAAUGGUAGUGUGGCUAAGUUGGAUGAUAAAAGAAGAAGCAUAUUUUGAAAGUACAUCUGGCGUGUCUGCUUCUUUUGGGGAGAUGUUGUUAUUGGUCGCUAUGUACUUUCAUAGCAACCAGCUUAGUGCUAUCAUUGACUUGGUCUGUUCCACUUUGGGGAUGAAGAUUGUAAUUAAGCCAAGCUCCUUGAGCAGGAUGAAGACUAUCUUCACACAGGAAAUUUUUACUGAGCAGGUUGUCACAGCUCAUGCUGUUCGGGUCCCUGUCACCAGCAACCUGAGUGCCAACAUUACUGGAUUUUUGCCCAUUCAUUGUAUUUACCAGCUUCUCAGGAGUCGUUCCUUUACCAAGCACAAAGUGUCAAUAAAAGACUGGAUUUAUAGACAGCUGUGUGAAACCUCUACUCCACUCCAUCCUCAAUUACUUCCUCUGAUUGAUGUAUACAUAAAUUCCAUACUUACUCCAGCAUCUAAAUCUAAUCCAGAAGCCACAAAUCAGCCAGUCACAGAACAGGAGAUCCUCAGUAUUUUCCAAGGAGUCAUUGGGGGUGACAACAUCCGUCUUAAUCAACGUUUCAGUAUCACAGCACAGCUUUUGGUGCUUUACUAUAUACUGUCUUACGAGGAGGCUCUCCUAGCAAACACAAAGACUUUAGCUGCUAUGCAAAGAAAGCCCAAAUCAUAUUCAUCUUCUUUAAUGGAUCAGAUUCCUAUCAAAUUCCUUAUUCGACAGGCUCAAGGACUGCAGCAAGAGUUGGGAGGGUUACAUUCUGCUUUACUACGUCUCCUUGCAACUAAUUACCCACAUUUAUGCAUUGUGGAUGAUUGGAUCUGUGAAGAAGAAAUCACAGGAACUGAUGCCCUGUUAAGGCGUAUGCUACUGACCAAUAAUGCCAAAAACCACUCUCCUAAACAACUCCAAGAAGCAUUUUCAGCUGUCCCAGUAAGUCACACACAAGUGAUGCAGAUUCUAGAGCACUUGACUCUGCUCUCUGCCAGUGAACUUAUACCAUAUGCAGAAGUAUUAACGUCCAAUAUGAACCAGCUGUUGAAUUCAGGGGUUCCGCGGCGAAUUCUUCAAACUGUCAAUAAACUAUGGAUGGUUCUUAAUACUGUGAUGCCUAGAAGGCUGUGGGUAAUGACAGUUAAUGCACUUCAACCUUCAGUAAAGUUUGUACGACAGCAAAAGUAUACUCAGAAUGACCUGAUGAUAGAUCCUCUCAUUGUCCUAAGAUGUGAUCAGAGGGUACACAGAUGCCCGCCACUGAUGGAUAUCACUCUACACAUGUUGAAUGGAUACCUUCUUGCAUCCAAAGCCUAUCUUAGCGCUCAUCUGAAGGAAACAGCAGAGCAAGAUAGGCCUUCUCAGAAUAAUACAAUAGGCUUAGUUGGGCAAACUGAUGGCCCAGAAGUUACCAGAGAAGAAUUGAAAAAUGCAUUACUGGCUGCUCAGGAUAGUGCAGCUGUCCAGAUUCUCUUGGAGAUUUGCUUACCUACUGAAGAAGAAAAAGCAAAGGGUGUCAAUCCAGACAGCUUGCUAAGGAAUGUUCAAAGUGUUAUUACUACUAGUGCUUCAAAUAAGGGAAUGGAGGAAGGAGAAGACAAUUUGCUCUGUAACCUUCGAGAAGUUCAGUGCCUUAUCUGUUGUCUGUUACACCAGAUGUACAUUGCUGAUCCCAACAUUGCUAAACUUGUUCACUUUCAGGGUUAUCCUUGUGAACUUCUACCUCUGACAGUCGCAGGUAUUCCAUCUAUGCACAUCUGUCUGGAUUUCAUACCUGAGCUUAUUGCACAGCCAGAACUUGAAAAACAGAUAUUUGCUAUCCAGCUGCUUUCUCAUUUGUGUAUCCAGUAUGCAUUACCAAAGUCACUCAGUGUGGCUCGCUUAGCUGUGAAUGUCAUGGGAACUUUGCUAACAGUUUUAACGCAGGCUAAGCGUUAUGCUUUUUUCAUGCCAACUCUGCCAAGUUUGGUCUCUUUUUGUCGAGCAUUUCCUCCCCUGUAUGAGGAUAUUAUGUCUUUGCUGAUCCAAAUAGGGCAAGUCUGUGCCUCUGAUGUUGCCACUCAGACAAGAGACAUUGAUCCAAUUAUUACACGUCUUCAACAAAUAAAGGAGAAACCGAGUGGAUGGUCUGGAAUCUGUAAAGAUCCAUCUUACAAAAAUGGAUCUGGGGACACUGGAAGUAUGGAUCCUGACGUACAGCUCUGUCAUUGUAUUGAAAGCACAAUAAUUGAAAUAAUAAACAUGAGUGUUAGUGGAAUUUAA